AUGAGAAUGGAAACAACAGGGAUUAUGAAUGGUGGGUGGGAGAUAAAAUACCGUGGGAAACCUGAUGGUCCAACUUGCCACACAGGAGCAGAGACUUGCUAUUACACCUCGGUGUUUGAUUUGUUAGAAGAUCAGCAGAGUGGAGGAGAUAAGUUCCUGUUGACCACUCUGAACUCUUUAGAAUCUACAAUUGCAAAACGAAAAGGAGAACUAGGAGUCCCACAAACUGGAAAGCCCUCUUGGACUAGACGACUACUACUUGAUGAGAAAUUGUUGUGCUCAAAAAUCAGGGAAGAGGCAGAUGAGCUAUGUCGAACACUAGAGGAGAACGAGGAUAAAUCGCGUAGUGCUUCAGAGGUUUUGCUGGGCCUCAGAGACGUAAAAAUUGAAGAUGUUUUAGAAAUUUUACGACGUAGAUUUUCUCAGUCAGGUGUCGAGGAAAAGAGUAGUCGCAAGACACAAGGCUAGACAUGGACUGUAUUCUGUAAUGUUUUGAGUUGUGCAAUACCAUCCACAGUUUAGAUGACCCCUUUUGGUUAAGAUUACACAUUAUUCACCACCAUUGUAGCUUUUUUUGCAUGGAAGUUGAUAGUUUGGUGCUGAUUCUUCGAACUGAUACUUGAACGCUAUGAUACUGUUUGGAUAAGAAAUCAUCAAACUCUACAGUUUUGUGUAAAACCUCUUCGGAUUUUUCCAGAUUAAAGGAUCACUGGAGAUGAGAAUAUGCGUCACUCUUGAAUUAAUAUUCUAUCACCCACA